GUCGCCGGGACGAAAUACAUACACACUAUAUUCCCACGGAACUGGUCAUCGUGAUACUUUCUGCAAGAUACCUAUUACCUAAGAAACGACAUCAGUCACUAUGGAUCCCCAGUUCGAUAACCAGGAUUCUGAGGCGACCGGCGCCCAGGCCGCCGAAGAGGUGGAACAUGGAACAUUCAACAUGGGAGGUCUUGCCCCUGAGUUGCGUGACAUGAUCUGGAGUCACUAUUUCAAUCAUCCGGGUUGCAUCAUUUUAGUCCACAUGGAUAGUCCGCACCAAUCUCAAGCUAAUAGUAACGACAUAACGUUCGGCCGAUUCGCAUACAGAGAGCCAAACCCAAUCACCCUAUCGAUCAGCGCCAUCGAGACCGAUACAAAUAAACCCUAUGGCCCACGAUAUUCGUGCACGAAUAAACAAGCUCAUAGGACGGCUGGCAGAAUCGGUUGGCGGCCCCUCGCCCACACCGACGUUACCCGGGGCUUAAACCCUCACUUGAAUACAGUCCCCACCCAGCACGUUCCCGGACCUGUGCUGGUGCCGAGUAACUGGAAUGACCAUGUGCUUUACCCUAUGGUAGCAUUGGGCCGUAUCCUGAACACCCUGUGCGACGUGCCAUGGAUCGGCAAUGUCAAGACACUCGCGGUCAACUCGGGAUACUACGAUUUCCCGAAUGUUCUGGAUCAAAACAGCAUGGUUAGACUUCUACAAUCAAUGCCGGGGUUAGAGAGGAUUCUGAUUGUCCUGAAGCCCCCUGUCCCGCUGCGGUCGACCGAGCCUACCGACGAGUUCGGCUUCGUUCAGGGCAACGACUAUCUGCCGGAGGUGAAACAACACUUACACAUGAUCGAUACCGAUACCGUUGCCAUGUCGCGAUACCUCUCCGGAUCCAUCCGAGGGGCAGUGAACGAUAGCGACCAUCCGAGAGACAUUCAGGUGCUGAGAGUCUGCGACUUUGGCUGCCGCUUUGACGACUCGCAGGACGCCUAGAGGUACGGCCACUCUUCGCCCGCCGCGUCUCACUGCUAACGAAGAUCCAACAACGCCUGCAGUCCAAAAUUACGAUUAUAGAGAAUAGACAACCUGUUGUCGUGUCAGCAAGAGGUUCGGUCAGCCAUACGCUUAGGUA